AUGAAUAUUGUCCGCAAGAUAAGUUCGCGUCUGUCGUCGACCAACGACCGUGAUAAAUGUUCGUCUGAGGCAGAGGAAGUGGUCGAAGAGAACGGCGCAUCGUCGAGCGGCGGCAGUGGAUCAUGGGACUCCUCGGCGCUACCAAGCGACCGCAUCCUGGCCAUCAUGCACAUGCGCAAGUUGUUCUCAAACCUGUUGAGGAACCCACCACCUCCGCGGGACAUCGACCAAAAGCUCUUCCCGAUCGUUGCUCUGUUGUCCAAGCUGACGGAAUCGUUUACCCCCAGUGAAUUCAGCGAGAAAUUCAAAGAAGUGCCACAGCUGACCACGUGGCUUGGUCGACACCUAGUACAGGAAAUUCGCCGUCGGGCCUCCAGUCAAAGUACCCCCACUGCUGCUAUUGCAAUUUUCACCUAUUUCCAAAAGUCGAACCACGGAAGGGCUGACUAUGGUCACUACGGUUGGAUGAUGCUGCGGUCAUUGUCUUACUUGUUAUCAAGCGGUUGUGAAGCAGCUAAAGGUGCAGCUUGCAAAGCCUCCCUGCCAUCAACGCUUGUGAAGUGUCUGUACCUUUUUUUUGACCUGCCUGAUAUGACUGUGCUUUCCAUUUCUGAGGACGAUUGCGAAGCUGUUCGGCAGGUAUUCUUAGAAGUUUUGCGGUUGUUGUUGCAUACUACUGCUGGAACUGAAGAGUUGAUUCGAAAAGACGAUCUCUUGCUGUUGUUCAGCGGCGCUAGUUCCUGGUGUCCAGAACAUAACCGCAUUUGGCGCGGCUCAACCAUCGACUUGCUCAUGAUACUCUGUUCCAACAUUCACAUGUCGUUCGUUUUGAACUACGUUCACGCUAAGAAAGCUGUAGCCAUGUUCGUCAACAACGUGCGUCAGAUUCAAGAGGCGAUGUUGAGCGAACGCGUCGAAAUGAUCGGCUGUCUUCUCUGCAUAUUGAAAGAUUCAGCGUUGGCCAGCGACACGCUGUUGAACGACUUUCUUGACGUUCAAGGAUACCAGUUUUUGACCGAUUUCAUUAUCGACAAUGAGGAAUGUCCGGCGCGUGAUGAUCAAGACUCGCUUCGCAACCUACUUUUCAUGAUUAGCAGCUUGGUGACGUCGCACUUCACCGAGCUCAAGCCUCUGGUCACCAACACACUCUUCACUCUACCUGGCUUUGAAUUACCGCAGCCGGCCGGCGACGGUCGAAGCGUGAAGAAUUUGAAGGCAUUUGAAGUGCUUGAAAAUGUGUUCUUGCGCAGUCGCCAGAACUACGUGUUGUCCAGCGUGCUGGACGUUGUCCAUAGCAUCGUAUGCUCUGACCAAGCCAACUAUUUUAUUCUCGAACCGCGAAGUUUUUUGGGUAGAUUUGUCGAAACGCUGGAUUCGAAGUCCGAUGACAUUCGGCAGAAAGUGCUGGACCUCGUUGAAUAUGUUCCGUUCCAUCUUAACUUCAUUCCGUCGAAGGAGCUGAUCGCGAUUAGCAUGUUGAUCAAAACCGAACGAAACUACGACUCGAUCCUGAUCAUUCUUCAAAGCCUAUCGCGAAUUCUUCACCACAGCUCGAUUUUGAAGGAUGUGUUUCGUGAGGUUGGCCUUUUGGAGGUGUUAACAUCUUUAUUGCUUAGCUUCUCAUUCCUCAUUGAAGCUGAUGAAGGUAAAAUUUCGAAGUGA